AUGGUCACGCUCAUCACUGAGAAGCUGCAGAACCAGAGUCUGGACGACCUCACCCUCAAGGCCGAGGCUGGUCCCAAACUCUAUUCUACUGAGACUCUGAACAAAAGUGGCCAUCUGUUCCCUUUGGAGCACAAUGCCCAGAGCCCCUGGAAGGUCAUAAGUGGAGGACAGCCCGUCGGAAGCCAAGUGGCCCUGGCCCCCGAUUGCCCCAUCGCGCUGGGCCUGCCUAGUGCAACUCACACAGUUGGUCUUCAGUGGCAGCCGCAGUCUCCAGGCUCAUGUGCAGGCCCAGGUGCAGCCAGUGUCGUGGACCACUGUGAGAGUUCAGGGCCACCCACCGCUCCACCAACCAAGCGACACUGCCGGUCUCUGUCAGAGCCAGAGGAGCUGGCGCGUUGCCCGUCCCCAUGGCGCCCCGGUGGCUCCAAGGUGUGGACUCCAGUCUCCAAGAGGCGAUGCAACAGUGGCGGAAGCGCCACACUGCAACGCUGCAGUGGCCAUGGGAACGCCACACAGCAGGGAAGCCCAGGCACCCCGCCGAGGAGCGCUGCGUUGCUGGCCAGCCCCACCUCACCCUCUACACCCCGGCCAUCCUCGGCCAGCAGUGGCUUUAUGGACAGCAGCGAGGGCAGCAUGGGCUCAGGCCCGCCCUGGUGUCCCACAGGGCCCUGCCCACUCUCUGCGCGGCGUCGCCUUUCUCUCUCUCAGGAGCACCUGGCAGGCACGGGCACCUCCCUGCCCUUGGCCCGUAGCAGCCCCACAUCCAUAUCUGAGCUGGGCCGGCGCAGCGGCCUGCUUCGGUGCCGCUCACAGCCAUGUGUGCUUGGCGGGAAGAGGAGCCGGCGCAAGCGGAGGCGUGAGGAGGAUGCCAGGUGGACACGCCCAUCCUUGGACUUCCUAAAAAUGACACGGACUUUAAAAAAUUCAAAAAGCCUUUGCUCCCUGGAUUAUGAAGAUGAAGAAGAGGAUGACCCCCAGGUGAAGACAGUUGUGUCCUCCCCGUGUGCCUCACGGGGCCUUGUCGGCAUCCUCACUCCCGGCUCCAGCCCGAGGGCUACGCACUCCAAGCCCGGCCCCACCAGCCGCAGUCUGUGGGCCUCAAGGGAGAGGGCACCUGGAGGUGGGAGCAGUGGGGACCCCAGCGAUGGGGACCCCAGUGACGAGGACAGUGCUGGGGAGGAGGGUGUCUUCCCCCUGGACCGUGGUGAGUUGGACCUGGAGCAGAUUGAGAACAACUGACACUGGGCUGGGCGGUAGGAGGAGCUGCCGCCCAUGUCUACCCUCAGGGCACAGCACGGACAGAAACAGGCUCCAUGUUAUUUUGAACAGUGAGGCAUAAUUUUGACCCAAUUUUUCCUAGAGAAGUAUUUUGCAUUUUUAUGGCUUUUACAGUUCCUGGAGAAAGCGUCUCCAUUUUGAAAUGAAUUUCAGAAGGGCAUUCUAUUACAUGUGAGUCUAUUAUAACAAGAGUCUGUUACAUGUGAGUCUGCAUAGAUCCCCAUGCGGGUCCAUGUUCCUUUUAUAAAGAGCCUACUCUGAAGAGCGCCCUGCAUAGUGGUGGUGCUGGGAAACCCCAGGCCCCUGCUGCCAUCUGACAGGCGUCCCCUUGCUCCAGCAGGAUUACGGCACUUGGGGCCUGUGUGCUGGGUUUUGUGCCCUUGGACUUUGUCACCUGUGUGUUGGGGACCGCCAGCUUGUGGCCAUCUGAUUUUCCCACCCUUGGCAAUGAUGCUGUUUGAGGUGGGCCAAGCUGUCUCAAGUCUGUGUGUCCCGUAGCUGGGUUGAGGAGAGUGUCUGCCCCUGCAGGUGGCAUGUUCCGGCCUUCCUGAGAGGCCCUCCUGUCGCAGGUCAGCACCUCGUCUGUGAAUUCAAUAAAAGAAAUUUGCUUUGCAUUUGUAA